AUGUCUGCCCGUCUGCUGCACCCGGAUGAGUACGAGCUUGACACUCGAUCUUCUGUCGACUCUCAGGGAACUUUCAACCUAGACGAGGCCGACUUCGAGUCACAAGCUCCCCCCAGACCCAGACGUCUUUUCAACCGGUUCUCCUUUCUAUCGCGGCUCUUCUCAUCAACUUCAUCCGGCUAUCGUCGCCUCAAAUCUUCUCGACGCAUCCUAUCCGCCUCAUCGCGACCGAGUUGUUAUCGACGUCUCCUUCUACGCCGCUCCUGCUUCUAUAUCCAUGUCGUUACAGGGAUUAUAUUAGCCCUUGUCAUAUUGACUUCAAUCUUUCGUCCAUCCUACACUCGUCCGCCGUCGCAUUACUCAGUUCUACGGAAUGCAGUCUCGCAAUCGACUAGGUCGGGCAGAGGCAACAUUCGCAACGAGAAGGUCUUCGUGGCUGCGAGCCUAUAUGACCGCGGCGGAGAAUUAGCAGGCGGAGAAUGGGGCAAUCGAGUUCUUCAGCUCAUUGACCUGCUGGGAGGAGAUAAUGUGUUCUUAAGUAUAUACGAGAAUGAUAGCGGACCAGAGGGUAAAAGCGCAUUGCAGGCUUUCAAGGAGCGGGUACCAUGCAAGAGCUCCAUCAUUUUCGAAGAGCAUCUGGGUCUGGACAGCUUGCCGCGAGUUACAGUCCCCGGCGGACAGGAACGUAUCAAGCGCAUCGAGUAUCUGGCAGAGGUUCGCAACCGAGCUCUGAAACCGCUGGACGAUGAUCCUGAGACGCGUUACGACAAGCUCCUGUACCUAAACGACGUCAUUUUCGAUCCGGUUGACGCUCUUCAGCUGUUGUUCUCCACCAAUGCAGAUCAAGAUGGGGUUGCUCAAUAUCGGGCAGCUUGCGCUGUCGACUUCAUCAACCCCUUCAAGUUCUAUGACACGUACGCCACUCGUGACCUGCAGGGCUAUGGAAUGGGUCUUCCUUUCUUUCCGUGGUUUUCAACAGCCGGACAUGGUGAUAGCCGAAAGGAUGUGCUAGCUGGGAAGGAUGCCGUGCGUGUACGCAGUUGUUGGGGAGGAAUGGUUGCUUUUGAUGCCAAAUUCUUCCAGCCUGGCACGGCAGGAAAGGGUUCGACUCAAGUUCCGGCCCGUUUCCGCGCCUCUCACGACCUCUUUUGGGAAGCUUCCGAGUGCUGUUUAAUCCAUGCGGACAUUCAGCAACCUCAGCUGCAACCCGAUGAGAUAACCGACACCGGGAUCUACUUGAACCCAUUCGUGCGGGUCGCCUACGACCUCCGUAGUUGGUCCUGGCUUGGGACCACACGCCGAUUUGAGAAGCUCUAUUCCUUCAUCCACAACAUUGGGAAUCACCUUGUGGGGUUGCCGUGGUACAACCCACGACGGGCAGAGGUGCCUGGUCAAACUGUUCAGGAAACAGUUUGGGUUGCAGAUGCAAAUGAAGCUAGUGGUGGUUCCUUCAAACAGAUCGAUCGAAUUGCUGGGAAUGACGGCUAUUGCGGACGGCGAGGGCUGCAAGUUAUCGUCGAAGAUCGCAAGCCGGGUCAGGAAGGUUAUGAAAGCAUUCCUGUACCGUCGACAUGA